AUGCAUUCUUGUUCUCCUGGGAAAGCACCUAUUGUAAAGGGUGAUAAGUUUUCUAAGUCUCAAUGUCCUCAGAAUGAUAAUGAGAGAACUCAAAUGCAAACGAUUCCCUAUUCAUCAGUUGUGGGUAGUUUGAUGUAUGCUCAAGUGUGUACACGACCUGAUAUUGCUUAUGUUGUUGGUGUACUUGGAAGAUACUUGAGUGAUCCUGGUUUGGCUCACUGGAAAGCUGCAAAGAAAGUACUUAGGUACUUGCAGGGCACUAAAGACCUAGUGCUUACAUAUCAGCGAUCUGACAUUCUUGAUAUAGUUGGAUAUUCUGAUGCCGAUUUUGCAGGUUGUUUAGCUGGUAGGAAAUCUACUUCCGGUUAUGUUUUUAUGAUGGCAGGAGGAGCCGUUUCUUGGAAAAGUGUCAAACAGACACUUACAGCUUCCUCUACAAUGGAGGCAGAGUACGUAGCUUGUUAUGAGGCUACAUGUCAGGCUAUAUGGUUGCGAAACUUUAUCUUGGGACUAGGUGUUAUGAACACCAUUUCGAGGCCGCUGAAGAUAUUUUGUGACAAUUCUGCAGUAGUUGCUUUCUCUCGAAACACUAGAAGCUCUUCUCAUUCCAAACAUAUUGAUAUUAAGUUUUUGUUUGUUAGAGAGAAAAUAGCCGAGUCUUGUAUUUGUGUUGAGCAUGUUUCCACAGAACACAUGUUAACUGACCCACUAACUAAAGGUUUAGCUCCAAAAUUGUUUCAGGGGCAUGUGACUCAUUUGGGAUUGUUAGGGUCUCUGUUGUAA